CCCAGAAAAUCACAAGAAAACAAAAAUACUGCUAAAAAAUCCAAUAAAAUAACAAUAAAAGGUCUUUCUUCCUUAUCCUUGUAAUAUACUCAAUCAAAUCCACUCUUCUGAUCCUGACUGUGAUCUACAUCAGCUUCUGUUGAAUAAAGUUGUAAUGUUAUCUACUCGUACUUCACAAUUUUCGAUACAUCUUUAAAUUAUUUUAUUUUCUUCCCCAUAUUAUUAAUAGCUUGCCCUUUUAAUUAUUUUUUUCAUAAUUUCUGCAAUUAUCCCUCAAAUUUGAUUCGGGGUAUCUUACAGAAGGUAGAUUCACAUUGGAAUUUGAUAAAUUUGGAGGUUUGCCGCCAUAAUUUUGUUUAUAUUUGGUAAUAUUUUCUAGGUUUAUUGUUUGUAAUUUAUUCACAAUUUCUUGAUUAGGCUAAAAUAUCAGAAACCCUCAUAUUAGAAGAUUUUUUAUGCUGAUUUUAGAUUAAUUGGAAACCCUUUAUCCUGAUUUGUUACGGAGUAUACCUUUGUUGAAAUUAGGAAAGUUUGAUUAUUUUUGCUGGGAAUUGGAAGAUUUUGGAAUUUGAUAUUGCUCAGAUCACAAGUUUUGGAGGUUGUUGUAUUGUAUAUAUAUCAGUUUCUAAUUUGUUGGGGUUUUGAGCUUAGAUUUGAUUGAGUUAUGGAUGUUAUAAGUAAUGAAGCAAAUAUUGAUUUAUUCUCAAUUGGACCUAGUUCAAUUGUUGGUAGGACAAUCGCCUUUAGAAUACUAUUCUGCAAGUCUAUGUCUCAUUUUGGGUACCAAUUGGCUCGGGCUUUAAUGGGGUUCGUGCGUGUGUUUAGAGGUUAUUUAGGCCCGGUGUUUUCGUGGUUUCAUCCCCGGAAUCCUCAGGGGAUUUUGGCAAUGGUGACCAUUAUAGCUUUUGUGUUGAACCGAUAUACGAAUGUUAAAAGAACGGCGGAGAUAGCUUAUAGGAGGAAGUUUUGGAGGAAUAUGAUGAGAACCGCGCUUACUUAUGAGGAGUGGUCUCAUGCUGCAAAGAUGUUGGAGAAAGAAUCCCCGAAAUUGAAUGAGGCUGAGUGUUAUGAUGAGGAACUUGUGAAGAACAAGCUCCAAGAGUUGAGGCUUCGUCGACAGGAAGGGUCAUUGAGAGAUAUCAUCUUUUGUAUGAGGGCUGAUCUUAUGAGGAAUCUUGGUAAUAUGUGUAAUCCUGAGCUUCGUAAGGGGAGGCUUCAAGUCCCCAAACUUAUAAAGGAAUAUAUUGAUGAAGUCACUUUACAAUUGAAAAGGGUUUGUGAAUCAGAUUCAGAAGAGCUGAUUUUGGAAGAAAAGCUUGCAUUCAUGCAUGAGACAAGGCAUGCUUUUGGUAGGACUGCUUUGCUUUUAAGUGGUGGUGCUUCUCUUGGUUCCUUCCAUGUCGGUGUUGUGAAAACGUUGGUGGAUCAUAAGCUUUUGCCUCGGAUAAUUGCUGGCUCUAGUGUAGGAUCUAUAAUGUGCUCUGUAGUUGCUACUAGAUCUUGGCCUGAGCUUCAGAGUUUCUUUGAGGAUUCAUGGCAUUCUCUGAAGUUUUUUGACCAAAUUGGGGGCAUUUUUACAAUUGUGAAGAGGGUCAUGACCCAAGGAGCCGUUCAUGAGAUCAGGCAGCUUCAAAUGUUGUUGAGGAAUCUCACAAGUAAUAUGACUUUCCAGGAGGCCUACGACAUGACCGGAAGAAUUCUUGGUAUAACAGUAUGCUCGCCUAGGAAACAUGAGCCUCCCCGUUGUCUGAACUACUUGACUUCGCCUCAUGUUGUUAUAUGGAGUGCUGUGACAGCUUCUUGUGCAUUUCCAGGUCUUUUCGAGGCCCAAGAACUGAUGGCUAAAGAUAGGUUCGGUGAACUUGUACCUUAUCACCCACCGUUUCAUCUUGGGCCCGAGGAAGGUACAACCCCGUCACGCCGGUGGAGGGAUGGUAGCUUGGAGAGCGAUUUACCCAUGAUGAAUUUGAAAGAGCUUUUCAAUGUUAAUCACUUUAUUGUUAGUCAAGCCAACCCUCAUAUAUCACCAUUGUUGAGAAUGAAAGAAUUUGUGAGAGCAUGUGGAGGCAACUUUGCUGCCAAGCUUGCUCAUUUGGCUGAGAUGGAAGUGAAACACAGAUGCAACCAGAUAUUGGAACUAGGUUUUCCCAUGGGAGGGAUUGCCAAAUUGUUUGCUCAGGCUUGGGAGGGUGAUGUCACAGUGGUGAUGCCUGCCACACUUGCUCAGUACUCAAAAAUUAUCCAGAAUCCGUCAUAUGGGGAACUGCAGAAGGCAGCAAACCAGGGUAGAAGAUGUACUUGGGAGAAGCUUUCUGCCAUAAAAGCCAAUUGUGCCAUUGAACUUGCUCUAGAUGAGUGUGUUGCAUUUCUUAACCACAUGCGUAAAUUGAGGCGGAGUGCUCAGCGUGCCGCUGCAGCUGCUUCUCAGACCCAGGUUCCAAAUCUUUCUAACGUUAGAUUUAAUGCUUCAAAAAGAAUACCAUCAUGGAACUGUAUUGCUCGAGAGAACUCAACAGGAUCUCUUGAUGAAGAAGCUCUUGCUGAAGUUGCGUCCUUUCAGCAAGCAGGUGGACCUUCAAGCCGUCAUCAUAGAACAUUCAGGAACAUAAAUGACAGCAGUGACAGCGAGUCUGAAAAUAUUGAUCUGAAUACAUGGACAAGAUCUGGUGGACCCCUCAUGAGGACUGCGUCUGCUAACAUGUUUAUCGAUUUUGUUCAGAGUUUGGACAUGGAUGCUGAAACAAAGCAAAGUCUGACAGGACAUCUGAACUCUGCUGUAAUGCAAUCAGUGAGCAGGGAAUCAAGGGGAGCAGCACUCGACAGGAAUUCUGAGAACGCAGAUCAUGAUCAGCGGGAUUCUGGAAACCGGGCAGGGCUGAGCAGAUCUAGUAGUAUUACUGUCACUGAAGGUGAUCUUUUGCAGCCGGAGAGAAUCCAUAAUGGGAUAGUGUUUAAUGUUGUUAAAAAGGAAGGCCUUACGGUUUCAGGUCGGAGUAAUGAUUCUGAGAGCUAUACAAGCUUGCCUAGCUCAGCUGCUGAGUGUGUGCAGAUUGAAUGUCCUGAAAGGGACACUGAUGCCAGCUCAGAGUCUGAACAUGGUGAUGAUGAAAAGAACACUGGUAAACUUGAUUCUAAUUCUAUGCCAGAAGGCCAUUCCAAUGCAGAAAAUGGAAAUACUGCUACUACUUCGGAGCAAUCAUCGAGAAUUGAAGAUUAAGGCUCAGUUUGCUCUUAUGGAAUCUUCGAGAAUUGAAUUUUAAGGUUCAGCUUGUUCUUAUGCUAUGCUUGCCCUUUCUCGCCCAGAAACGCAAGAUUCAACAAGAAAUAACUUCAAUCAAGCUGCUUUUAGGAGUUGAAACUGCCAGCUACAUAGGGUGUGAUCGAUAUUGAUUUGUUUGCCAGACUGCUAAUAUGAGUGCUCAUGAAGAGGUCAGCUUCAAUGCCAUACAUACCAUUAUCAUCUUCACCUUUCUUACUGAGGUGUAGAUAACUCAAUAUGAUAUUUAUUGUUGUAUACUUGCAUGUUAUUAUGUUAAAAAUUUUAUGAGGCCAUAUCCCAUGCUUUUUCGCCAUCUUGUGAAGUUUAGCCAGGCAAAAUUUGUAGGAUUGACCACGGAAAAACUUCCAUUGCAUUGAGGCUGGUUAUGACAUCGAUUAACAUAGAUGUAGCUACAGUUGGCAAUCUUCUUUUUUUUCUAACAGGGUUGCUGAAUCUAGUGUAGGAGAUAAGCAUGUAUCACAAAUUACAUUAAAAUCUUUGUAUAAAUCAAGUAAAUCAUUUUUUUUUUUGGAGUAUAUUCAACUGUGGAAGCAAGUUUUUUUA